CAUUCACAGUAUAAUCUAUUGAAAAUUAUCACCGUCCGAGUUUUCCGAUUGUUUGGUUAAGUAUUAGGAUUCCUCGUUUUUAAUAUUUUAAAGAAAUUUUCGGGCUAUUCUAGUUACAAAUAUGGGAGUUCCGGCUUUUUUUAGAUGGUUAAGUAAAAAGUACGCGUGCGUUAUCGUUGAUUGUAAUGAAAACAAGAGUUUAGAUCCGAACACAGGAAAAACAAUAUACGAGGACGCCACUCUCCCAAAUCCAAAUGGCAUUGAGUUUGAUAAUCUUUAUUUGGAUAUGAAUGGUAUUAUCCAUCCAUGUACACAUCCCGAGGACAAACCAGCUCCAAAAAACGAGGAUGAAAUGAUGGUAGCAAUAUUCGAGUGCAUUGAUCGCUUGUUUGGUAUUGUUCGUCCACGCAAGUUAUUGUAUAUGGCAAUAGAUGGCGUAGCUCCCAGAGCUAAAAUGAAUCAACAGAGAUCACGACGAUUUAGAGCCGCAAAAGAGGCAAAUGAAAAACGAAUUGAAAUACAAAAAAUUAGAGACGAACUUUUAGUAAAGGGUUAUAUACUUCCACCAGAAAAAACUGACGAGGAACACUUCGAUUCUAAUUGUAUUACACCUGGUACACCUUUUAUGGAUAGAUUAAGCAAAUGCUUACAUUAUUAUAUCCAUGAUCGUAUGAACACCAAUCCAGCCUGGAAAGGGAUAAAAGUAAUACUAUCCGAUGCUAAUGCCCCCGGCGAAGGUGAGCACAAGAUAAUGGACUACAUACGAAAACAAAGGGCUCAACCAGAUCACGAUCCGAAUACGCAGCAUGUUUUAUGUGGAGCAGAUGCGGACUUAAUCAUGUUGGGUCUCGCUACCCAUGAACCGAAUUUCACUAUCAUACGAGAAGAAUUUUUACCAAACAAACCUCGGCCUUGUGAAAUUUGUAAACAAUUUGGACAUGAAAUGCAAAAAUGUGUUGGACUAGGAAAUGCAAGUGGCCCUAAAGAUGAGAGCUUUAAGCCUGACGUACCCAUAAAUGCCGAAGUUAGAUUCAUAUUCGUAAGAUUGAGUGUUCUACGGGAAUAUCUUAAGAAAACGUUAGAAAUGCCGAAUUUACCAUUUAAAUAUGACUUUGAGCGUGCACUAGAUGACUGGGUAUUUAUGUGCUUUUUCGUCGGAAAUGACUUUUUACCGCAUUUACCAAGUCUUGAGAUUAGGGAAGGCGCAGUGGAUCGUUUGGUAGAGCUUUAUAAAAAGUGUGUUUAUAAAACUGGUGGUUUCUUGACUGAUUCAGGAGAAGUAAAUCUGCAGCGCGUUCAAAUGAUUUUAACAGACUUGGGUAACGUUGAAGACAAUAUUUUUAAGGAACGGCAACGCCGAGAACAGAUAUUCAAGGCGCGUCAAAAGAGAAUGCGUGAAAAUGAAUAUAAAGCUGAAAGUCUAGGAGUAUCAACGUUUUUUCAGCCUACUGCUGUAAAUAGGGGAGCUUCAGGUUCUCAACAAACUUUUAACUACAAAGAAGAAGCUACAAAAUUGAGAACUCAAAAUGAAAAAGGUGUUAAAAGGUCGGCUUCUGAGGCAGGCCUUGAUAACGAUUCUGAUGAAAAUGAUAAUGACGAAGUUCGUUUAUAUGAAGCUGGAUUCAAAAAUCGGUACUACGAAUCUAAAUUUGACGUUGGCACUAAUAAUCAAGGAUUUCGUUAUUCUGUAGCAUUGCAAUAUGUACGUGGAUUAUGUUGGGUUUUAAAAUAUUAUUAUCAAGGUUGUGCUUCGUGGGAUUGGUACUUUCCAUACCAUUAUGCACCAUUUGCUUCCGAUUUCGUGAAUAUAACAGGCUUAUCUACUAGUUUUGACAAAGGUACCAAGCCAUUUAAUCCAUUGGAACAAUUAAUGGGAGUUUUCCCUGCUGCUAGCUCCUCUCAUGUACCAAAACCAUGGGCUACUUUAAUGUCUGAUGCUGAUUCGCCAAUUAUUGAUUUUUAUCCAGAAGACUUCAAAAUCGAUUUGAAUGGUAAAAAAUUCGCUUGGCAAGGAGUUGCUUUGCUUCCUUUUGUAGACGAGCGACGACUGUUCAAAGCUCUUGCACCAUUCUAUAGUAAACUAACAGACGAAGAAGUACGCCGAAAUAAGCGAGGAGACAACCGGUUAUAUAUUGGAAAAAUGCAUCCGAAAUUUGAAUGGUUAAAACAUCAACUAAAAACUCUUUCAUCUAUGGAAAAAGAACUCAGUAUUGUUUUAGAAGGAAUGGCUGGAAACAUUUUGAAAGCAGAGGACAAUGUCAAACUAUUGGGUUCACUUAAAUCACCUAUAUAUGGUUUGCCAAAUAUAAUGUCAAAUGAAGUUAUUACCGUACGAUUUAGGGAUCCUGAAUAUGACACUGACUUUGUAUUCCCAGCCAAAAGGCUGCCAAAGGCAAUGGAUCCACCAAAUGUGUUAAACUCUAAGCCGGAAGGUCAAAGUGGGUAUAAUAGGCCGGUGAUUGGAUUUAAUAGAAACCUACCUACUGGUCAUUUAAGUGCUGGUGGUCACAGAAUGGUCCAAGCAAGUUUGGGAAGACCUAAUAACAUGGGAGGAAAUAACUGGGGACCGUAUCCGCAGGGACCGAAUCCCCAGCAAAAUUUUCAAUCGAGAUCUGGUUACAAUAAUUAUCAAAACAAUUAUAGAAAUAACUAUAACAAUGGAAAUAACUACCGAAAUAAUCAACAAAACCAACAAAGGGGUGGGCAUCAAAAUAAUAGAUUCCAGAGAUAUAAUACCUAUGGGCAACCUAAUAACAGAUUUUAACAAAUUUACAUUUAGUAUAAUCUCUUUAUAUUAACAAUAAUUUUUCUUAGAAAGUAGUUGAAACAAUGUAAUCAAUAGAUCUUACUACAUACAUGUGUAAUAUACAUAUGUAUAUAUAUAUACAUAAGUGUGAAAAAUAAAAAUACAAAAUUGAAUAAAA